UUCAUAGUGUCUAAGAUAAUCGUUGAGUGCGUGUUUCCAAGUUUUAUGUUCUGUAUAUCCUUUUGGAUCUCAAUUUAAAAAACGAAUUGAAUAAAUUUUAUCAACUCGGAUAUGGCCUUGGGAUCUUCUGGUUCACAACCACGUCUAUCUAGGGCUUCACGGCGUCGCAAAAGAUCUAACCAGCAAAGUAUAGAAGAUUCAAAGGCUGGCAUCAAAUUUCUUGUGUGGGCUGCGAUUAUGGCUGCAGCUGUGACAUUUGUUAUGGGUUUCACAUGUACAAAGCUUUAUAUCAAUUCUGCUCCAGGUCCAGGUUUGGUCAAGAAAGUAAUACUCAUGGUUUUUCUGGUGUGCACCAGCAUUUCACUGCUCAGUUCUGUUGUAGCACUAACGCAUCUCAUUUGGGGACAACGCCAAAGUGAUUUUCAACUUAUACAGAAAGCUAUGCUACGAGCCAUGGCACUUGUCACAGUUGCUUUUGUGUCUAUUUUGGUGGCUUUUAUGGUUGGUGUUUGUCUUGUUUUGAUUCAUCUCCCAUGGCAAACCUACUUUUAAUGUUUCCCAAUUAUAAGAUUUGUCUGACAA